AGUUUACUCCAGGUCGUCUUACAGGGAAGUUCGUUCUCGUAUUUGGAAGACGAAAUACUCUGACGUUCCACAUUUCACUGAUGACGUUAAAGGCCCUCUUUAAUUGGGGAGGCUUUGGAAAUUAUGGAAAAGCUCAACAGACUCCCAUAGACCGGUGGCACAGUUAUACAGGACGUGGGGGACCUUGGGAACACAAGUCCCAUGGUCAUGGGCAUCAUAAAAAAGGUGGCGGCAAGGGAGGAGGUGGCAGUGCAGCAAUAAGUGCUCUGACCCUUCUGGCGUUCUUAUUCCUGCUCAAUGUUAUGCAGCAAUCUCUCAACGAUAACAACAUGACUGUCACGACAACAACCAGCACGAUAUUCCUUCGUGACGAUGGGAGUGAACUGGCUGCCAGGGAUCAGAGUGUGACGUUGACAUCGACGAAUUUAAAGAAAGCCAGGGACUCCGAGGACGACACUGAGGACGACCCACUGGAGGAGAUGUUCGAGAAAGGGGACACACUUGGACUCGAGCCCGAUGAUCCUUAUCCCCGAGAAUAAUUGUGAUCCUGAGAUUUCACCCUCAUCCAACGUAAUUACCCAAUCAUAUUAAUUAUUUAUUGGUUCAACAGUUCCCACUCUUGUCCAAUUUUUGCGAUAUUCUCGUUGUUUUGAAGGUAAUAGAUCGAUUUCCAAUGUAUUCUCGCCCUCAGCAAUGCUAUUAUUCUCUAUUUUCAUUACUGCAAUCGUUCUUCUAAUUUCUGAGAGCAUAAAAAAGACCAAAUGAGUAUAAAAAAUAUAAAAACGUGUCUUAAAAGAGCUUACAAAAGUGUUAGAAGAAUCCUUUUAUUGUUUUCUCGUUCAGAAAAUUUUUAUUCAAUUUUUUAUUGGCUCAAAUAUGAUUAAUCGAUGAAAAAUUCAAUUUAUUUUGUGAUAAAUGGAUCCUCUCACCCAUAUCACUUCACCUGUCAUUAAUUCUAACCUCUACGGUCAUGUUUUUCAUCCAGUAAAGGAUUAAGGAAUAAAGAAAAUAACUCAUGAUGAAUACAUUUAACAAU